AUGUCUCUCACUCUCCGUCCGAAGAAUUUUGACUGGGACCGUCCGCUAGUAAGCUUUAAGUGGGCAGAUUCGUCGUUCAUCGACUUGUUGAUCGACGUCCACGAGGCCGCUGGUACCCCUCUAGAGCUCUUCCUAGGCAUUCCCGAUCACUCUCCGCGCCAUACCAACGAAUUUCCAAUCUUGAAUGCAAUUUGUCCGGACGACAUACUUCUAGCCAUUAGGGAAGAGGCAAUUGUGUUCCCAGAUCAUGUUGUGGUCUGGCUGCACGAUAGAAACCUCAAUGGGGGCUCUCGUCUUUAUAGCGGGGUCAAAUCAGCAAAUACCUACUUCUAUCCCGAUGCACUGAAUCCGAAUAAUGAGGAAUUCCUAACCUACUACGAGAACGCUGAAGAAAUCGAAUGGGAUGCGAUAUUAAUGGCCGAACUACUGGUUGACCGCUUUUUCUUCAACGAUCCGCGGGAGUACUUCCGAAUGGCUCUGAGAGUCCGCGGCGAGAAGUGCAAGGAUGAAUGGAGGAAUGUUCUCUACCACAUCAAAAGCGGCAUCCACAAAUAUCUGCGCGCUCCUCACCUUCCACGAUUGCGACAAAAACAAACACUUGGUAAUGCUGAAGAUCAAGCAGAAGCCAUAGAAAAAAGCGAGGCUUGGGUCAAGGAAGUCAACUCGAUUCUGACCCGUCUCACUGGAACGUUGUCUAAAACAAUCAUGGCGUGGGAUACCUUUUCCCUUCGGGACGCAGCGCUUAUUGAGCGAUCUUUUGAGCCGGAAAGCUCUCUGCAUGCUGAAUUCCAGCUUCACGAUAUUGCGGUACUGGCCGACGAAUUCAAAAAGAUCCAGGUCGAUCUAAAAGACCUCGAAAGCUUGAUUGAGAAGUUCAAAGCACAGGCAAGUAUCUCCUGCUGGAAGUCUAAACUGGCAGAUUUUCUGACGCUCGAGGUUCAAUAG